AUUUCAAGGCGUCAUGAAGGAUUAUUUCUGCGCCCCAAACAUCAUGCAAAUUUCGGCUUGAUCGUGCGAAAGAAUCCUAUUGUAACGUAGUCGUACCAUAUCCUGGCUAAAGCUUUCAGCUUCGAGGAUAUACAUAAGAUGGAUAGCUUUCUCAGUCAAGAGCUAUGGACCCGUUGGACGAUUGUUUUAAGACAAUUCAAUACAUAAUUAUUCAUUGCCGACCGAGGGAAUAAAUCCGUAUCAAGUAGAAGGAUUUUUAUUGAGAAAGCUACAAUAUAUCGCCAUGUCGAACCUAGUACUCCUCCAAGUGCCUCAUUCACCUGGCCCAAAACACAACCGGAGCUCCUCAGUCUACAGUCGUAACUCUUGUGACUCUAGCUUCUCAGCCUUUACUGGAAGCACACUUGUCGCAGAAACAUGCCCUAUCAGACUUCGAACCCGAGAAUCACGAUUGAGCUGUGCAGGUCCAUGUGAUGGAACAGUGUUCUACAUAUACGAUAAACCAUUACCCCCUCUGCCUCGAGAAGCUCUUGUGAAGAAACAAAAGCCUUUGCCUCCACUGUCAGUACAGCCAGACGUUUCUAUAUGUUUGAUACUGCAGCAUGCUAAUUUGAAAUCAAUUAGGCCCCUAAAUAUUUCUCGUCGCACUUCUUAUCAAAACAUAAGAAGCCUGAUUCCAGAACCUAAGAAUCACAAUAUAUAUUACGAUGAGAAAGAGGUUUAUGUCCAUAACCCAUUUAGCGAUGAGAAAGUGGUGAUGGUAGGAAGUUUGGAUGAAAAGGAAAACGUUUUAUGAAAACUUCAAUGAGUGCAGCAAGAUAGUUGCUGAUAUGAUAUCACGAUUGAGUGGUCAAGCUCGAGGGACUUCAAUAUAUAUAAUUCGGAAGCGGGGUACAUGAUUUCUAUUAGGGUGGGUUAUGAGGGCGAAAUUCAGGGAUUCGAAAUUUCGAACGACUCACUCAACAUAUACCCGUUCAGUGUUGGGUCUGUGGUGUGGUAUACUUCAAGCAUUAAUUGUAUUUUAAGAGGAGGGGGAUUUUUUGGAUAGAAAGGUUGUUCGCCAGGUUCUUCAUUUUCUAAUCCUCGUGUAAAAACCAUACCAUAUUCUUCAUUAACUAAUCAUCAUCUUUUGUUUUA